ACACGAUCGGGAUGGAGUGGGGAGUGGGGUUGGCUAAAAUUAAGAGCAGUGCAAAGAUUCAACAGUCCCAAUGAAGACUUUGCCACUGGAGUGGAGACGCACAACGAUUAGUCGGUUUUUGACAAUGUGUUCAACGAGUCAAAAACGGAGAGUGUUUUAAUUUUGUUUUGUAAUAGACGAAGAGCAUACCUGUUCAAAAAUCAGUCGAAGUAGCUUCCAUUUUUUUCAGCGUUUUUGUGUGCAGCCUGCCAAUAAAUCUACAGAGCUCACUCCGCGAGCGGUUUGCGCUUUUGGACGAUUUACUUGUACUACUCUCACCAUGGAGUACACCUCUUCCCCGAAGCCACAGCUCUCCUCCAGGGCAAACGCGUUCUCGAUAGCCGCUAUCAUGUCAAGUGGAAAAACGAAGGACAAGGAAACCGAUGAAAACACCAUCAAGCCACUUGAACAAUUCGUGGAGAAGUCCUCCUGUAACCAAGGUUUGGGAGAGCUGUCUUCUCUAGAUGGGCUCGGAGAUUUCAGCGGGAGCGCGCAUCCAGUGUGCACAGAGCCGCUGAUCCCCACCACUCCCAGUGUUCCCAGCGAGGAGAUGGCCAAAAUCUCCUGCACUUUAGAGACCAAAGAACUCUGGGACAAAUUCCAUGAUCUCGGCACCGAGAUGAUCAUCACAAAAUCCGGAAGAAGAAUGUUCCCCACCAUCCGUGUGUCCUUCUCCGGGGUGGACCCGGACGCCAAAUACAUCGUGCUGAUGGACAUUGUUCCGGUCGACAACAAACGCUACCGAUACGCCUACCACAGGUCGUCCUGGCUCGUGGCGGGCAAGGCGGACCCUCCUCUGCCUGCAAGGUUAUACGUGCACCCUGACUCUCCUUUCACUGGGGAACAGCUGCUCAAACAAAUGGUGUCUUUCGAGAAAGUAAAGCUCACCAACAACGAACUGGACCAACAUGGACACAUCAUACUAAACUCCAUGCAUAAGUACCAGCCCCGGGUCCACAUCAUCAAGAAGAAGGACCACACCGCCUCCCUUCUCAACCUCAAGUCAGAGGAGUUCCGCACCUUCGUUUUCACCGAGACUGUCUUUACCGCGGUCACAGCCUACCAGAACCAGCUGAUAACCAAGCUGAAGAUCGACAGCAACCCGUUUGCGAAAGGCUUCCGAGACUCCUCCCGACUGACGGACAUGGAGAGGUUACUGCAAAGACAUGAUAUAUCUUGGGAAAGUGUUGAGAGUUUGAUCCACAAGCACUCAUACGCACGGUCGCCAAUACGCACCUACGCAGGUGAGGAGGAGACACUGGGGGAUGACAGCCACGCCGCACAUAGGGGUUCUGCGUUCACCGCCUCUGACAACCUCUCUCUGAGCUCCUGGGUCACUGCCACCUCUGGUUUCUCAGGCUUCCAGCACCCCCAGUCCCUCUCUGCCAUGGGCUCCAGCAGCGCCUCCCUGGCCACCCCCUUGCCCCACCCCAUCCAGGGCUCCCUGCCCCCUUACAGCCGGCUGGGCAUGCCCCUGACACACUCGACCCUGGCGGGCACCAUGCAGGGCGGCGGGCCCUCCUUCCCUCCUUCCAUAUGCCCCGCUACCACCACUACUUCCAGCAGGGCCCCUACGCUGCCAUCCAGGGACUGCGCCACUCCUCCACCGUCAUGACCCCCUUUGUAUGACUCCCUCUGGGGUGACUGCCUGGCUGAGUAGCCCCUCAUCAGCUACAACUAAGCUUAUAGACACACUUCCACACACAAGUAGAUAGACUCACCGAUUUGUCCGCCUCAGCAUCAUCACCCAUCGUCACCACCGUGUCCUUGUAAAUAAUAAGCCCCCUGGCCGAGGCGACUGACUGGACGACCUGGAGAGGCUGCCUGGCUGCUGCCCUGCAUGCUGACAGCUGAACCGGAGAGGAAACAGACUCCUACGGGACCUGGUGGAACAGACACAGAGACCCACAGACUGAUAUGAACACCAGAUAUGAACACUUAUGACCUGCAUAUGAAUAUUUACGACCCAGAUAUGAAAACUGAUGAUCCAGGUAUAAAAAACAAAUCCACAACAAAGAUGCUGAGGACUGAUGACCAUGCACAGUGAUGUGUUGUGGGAAAUAGGUAAUGGUCUGCUUGUGAUAACUGUUUGCCCCUGCCCUCCAACGGUUGGUUACAAUGUUCAUUUUGCACCCACUCUCCAGAAAAGCAUGGACAGGAGAACCAGUGAACUGUCUGGUUUACAAACAUUAAAACCAGAGGGUGUGGUAAUUGUUAGUUCUCUCACAGCUUCUGAGGACAAUGAAGAAUAUGGGACUCCAAAAGUUUACGGGAGUGCACAACUUCCAAUCCUGGGCACCGCUAUCUUCACUUCAGCUGCUGGGGCAUGGAGGGAUGGCAGCCAUUUUAGACUGAGUCAAAGGAUUCCCCCUGCUUGCUGACCAAAAACUAGGGUAGAGGCAACAUCUCUCCUCUCCUACUUGAACUCAAACUCUGUUAAGCUUCCUCUGCAGGCAGAAUCCUAUAGCCUCCUCCAGUCAGGUUGGCUGUUGCCAUGGUAGUCAGAUUUGUGCGGAUAGAUGCCCUAGAGACAGAGAGAAGCCAAUUGUUUAUUUCCCAUCUAAAAAGCCAGCCAUGUGUACUGUGAAGAAGUUACAAUGGAAGAUGAUCACGUUUGAUAGCAGUACAUAAAGAUGUACAUACACACACACACACACACACACACACUACACAAACGCACACACAGGACACAAACUAUAAGAUGAAUGUCAUAGAGUGCCAUAUCAUAGGAAGCAUGCUGUUUGCAAAAGAUAACACAGAAAACAUUUGUUUAAAAAAAUCAACACCAACCAGAUCUCAAACUACUUUUUCAGUUUUCUAUGUCAUCCAAAAAGCUUAUAUUCACCUCAUAAUGUUUGUGUGUACUACAUCCAAUGAGUAAAACAUGUACAUGUAUUUGAUUUGUGUGGUCAACGGAAAGCGAUGUUUGUUCAUGUCUCACAUGUGGAUGGGCCCUAGAAGACCUUUGGAGGACCUCUCUAGCGAAGUCCCAGAGCACUAAAACCACGCUACGUCGUAACGUAUCCCCAACACCAGCGGAUUGUCUUCUCUAACCAAUCAAUGGCAAAUCAGUCAUGUAUAAAUGAAGUACCAAGAGGAAGAGAAAACCAGCAAACUCUGCUGCCCUGAAAGGCAAAGAUGGACUUUCUCUUGUUGUAUUGGCCUGAAGCUUGAUUCACCACCUAACCAAUACCUAACCUCUAUAGCCUGAUUACUGUAUCCUGAUUACUGUAGCCUAAUUACUGUAGUCUGAUUACUGUAGCCUGAUUACUGAAGCCUGAUUACUGUAGCCUGAUUACUGUAGCCUGAUUACUGUAGCCUGAUUACUGUAGUCUGAUUGCUGUAGUCUGAUUACUGUAGCCUGAUUUUCUGAAGCCUGAUUACUGUGGCCUGAUCUAUGUCUGUCUCAGGCUGUGUCGACACUACAGCACUCUGGGAGAAAGUCCACACCUGUAAAUAAUGACUCAGUGGUGCCUCCCCUUAGAGGAAGGUGGUCGUCACACCAUUGGCGAUUUAUCAGCUAGCCCCUUCUAACCAAAAUGACACAGAAGCUAAGCUAGUGACACAAAACAUACAGUGUAUGCAUCGGGUCCUUUGCAGUGCCACUCCUCUCAAAAAAAGAAUAAUUGCAGAUUGAUUCAUCCACUCAAUGAUGUCUCAUACAGUUUGUUACCACCGUAACACCGAUGCUAUUGUAAAAUGCCGAUCCUAUUUUGUCAAGAAAAUUACAACUAAGGCAACUUUGUAAACCUCUAAUUCACAGCUAAGACAUCCUGACAAUUAUUUUUAGUAUGAAGAUUUCUCUUUUUGGGGCAAAAUGGGACAAACUUGGAUGGAAGUGAAGGUCUAAUACAGUAUUUCAUUGUU